AUACGUGUUUAUUAGUGUCAUAAGAGUUGUGUGUGGUAUCUAGAUUACUUUUAAUUCAAGUGAGCAAGAUAUCUUAGCAUUGGUCGAGUAAGGUCACGCCAGGCAGGCCAGUGUUGCCUUGCCUGCCGCGGCACUGUAAACGAAGCUGUAAACACUGGCAGCGGUAAACAGAGGUGACGGGCUACUUGGCUGGCGACUGUGGCAAGGCGCUUUGUGGCAUCUGAACACCUUUAGUUUUCUUCAUUCUCCUCACUGGUUUCCUUCCAUCUAUCUCCAACUCCAACACAUUUCUGAGUUUCUGUGCCAUCAUCACAAUCAGCCAGUUCAUGUGAUGUCACCAUACUAAACCCAACAAAGUAUGGAUUCUGUACUACAAAUUCUGCUGCUCAGCUGUUCAUGUAAGACUCAAGCCUUCCAGGCUACAGGACAUCACCAACAUUAAGUUCAAAUUUCAGAUAUAUUCGUCACAGCAGACUUUAACAGAGUGCCAUGUUUGCUCGCAUUUCAAACAUGUUUGGUGCAAAUGAUGAUAAUGAGCAGGGCCGCAGCUCUCCUUCUAGGAAAGCUGAUUCCAGAGGUACUAACCACGGGGGCACAAAUCCCAUGCAUGGCUAUAAUACAGCUCAAUGUCAAAUAGAUAACUCUGGGAGUGUGUUGGAGAAGAUUGCUGGACUGUAUGCUGAACGGCUGAUGAGUGACAUAGUGCUGGUGGUGGGUGAGAGAGAGUUUCCUGCCCAUCGCCUCAUUCUGUGUGCCUCCUCAGAUGUCUUCCAGGUUAUGUUGAUGAAUCCUCGUUGGAAUGAAAGUAGAGAACAGCGAAUAGUACUCCAAGAGGCUACCGAAUGUGUGGAGGUGUUUGAGCUUUUCUUGCGCUAUCUCUACACUGGUCGCCUAAAGGUGUCACAUACCACCGUCCUACCAAUAUUAGCUCUAGCAGAUAAAUAUAAUGUUAAGGAUUUAAUAGAAACAUGUAUCAAGUACAUGAAAUUGAAUAUAGUAUCAGCAUCAAAGCAAAACUACUUGAUUGCGUGGCUACAGUACACCCUCACCUGUGGCCACUCAGAUAUUUCUUCAGUGUGCUUAAAUCACUUCAAGUGGAAUCUAGAGCAAGUGGCAACACAUGAUGACUUUGCUUCUUGUGAUCUAGAGCUUCUGACUACUGUGCUAUCAGAAAAUGAUGUAGUAGUGCAUGACGAGAUGACUCUUUACAACAUUGUUGUAUCCUGGCUACAUCAGCAGGCAGAGAAACUCAUGAGUCCAUCUCCUGUGACAACCCCAGGGGAGCCACCCACAGGUCUUGCAUCUUACAUUCCUGGUACAACUUCAAGUGGUGUAUCCUGUUGUAAGCUACACCUUAGGCGGGACUCUAGCACAAGUUCCUUUGAUUCUGUUGAUCGUAUGGAAUGGCUAACAUAUGAGGUGAUGAAGUUUGUCCGAUUUCCAAUGAUGACUCCAAGACAGUUGGCAGACUUGUUGUUGGUGCCACUGACUAUCAAGUACAAAGAAUUUUUUGUCACACGCAUGGCCAUUGGAAUGUCAUUUCACUCAGGCCAAUGGGAUCGUGUGAAAGAGAUAAUAAGGGAUCCUGAGCCUUCCAAUCGUCUCUUGUUCACCCCACGGCUAUACACAGCAGAGCAAUGGAGUGCAAGCCUCACUGUGGACAACUUGCCUUGCCUCCCUGCAUAUCACACUAGAACUCUUGUUUUCUCAACACCAGCUUCUGCCUCAGAGCUGGACUGUGACACGCAGCUGGAGUGGAUAGUUGAGCUUUACCCGAAGGGUGUUUGGUUUCGGAAGUUUUACUUGAUUGUGUGGCAAGGAACAGUAGAGGUGCCUGAAGCAGUGUUAAGGACAGUCAGACUGGCAGUCACAGCAAAGGAUGUGGAAUAUGCAAGAGUCAGAGUGGCAGUGCUAGUUUUUGCAAUGCAAGAAGGGAUUGAGUACAUAGUUAAUGUGGUGUCUACUAACUAUAUAUUUUCUGCUGAUGACAACUUGUUGAAUCUGGAUGACAUUCUCCCCUUUGACAACCUGAAUGAUCCUCCAGAAAGGAAAAGAUAUCUACAAGAACCAUGUGACUCACUCAAGAUCCACAUAGUCAUAAGCCCUCUAAGUGACCCCAAGCUCGGCGCUCCUGGAAUUACUUGAUGAUACUUCAUCCAGAAUAGACCCACCAUUUCUUUUAUUGUGUGAGUUAUGAUGUGUUUAUUGUGAUGUCUGUCAAUGCAGUGCUUCUGAUUACUAUCUUGUAUGAAGAAUUUUUACAUAAUGUACACUUUUUUCCAGGUGGUUAUUUAUCUUAAGUAUUCCUGGUUGCAGUACAUCAUAGUGAUUUGAUUUAGGCUCAUUAUUGAUGAAAAUUAUUGACAAUAGAAAUAUCUUCCAUAUAUAUGUUCAGUUCUCAGCAACUAAAGUCAUGUCAUGGUAGCAUUGUAGAAAAGAAUGGAAGAAGCUUCCUUCCACUGGUGAAGAAAGGUCAUUUUCACCUUCCCCUUCAGAUUUCAUUGGCAGCAUUUGUAUAUUAUGAAUGAUAGAAAGUAGUUACAAGCUAGGGAAUGGCAUAAUAGAAUGUGGAACCAAGUGUGUGUGUGUGUGUGUGUGUGUGUAAGCAAUACCAUUGCUUGCCCUUAUUGGUCAUCAAGGAGAUUUUAAAAGCUAGAUCAAACUCCAAAUAAGCUAUUUCCAUGCAUGCAUUCAGGGGGGAAGGAGGUAGACAACAGUUGUAGGAAUCUCAUCUACCAUGCUACCAUGAAUAGAGUAUAGUAAGUGAGACCAGUUCUUUGCUGUGAUUCAAAAUUUGAGAGGGUGUAUUUAUGUAUUAUAUAUAUAUUUUUUUACUCUAUUUUGAAAAUUUUUUCUUUUCUUUUAUUUUGUUUCAUACUGUCAGCCCAGAAGAAAUGCAGCUAUUUUUGUAAAUUUGAUGACAAAGCUACUCAAUUUCUUCACAGUGGGAAAUAUUGUUAUACUGAAAACCAGGAAUAAUUUUUGAGCAUGUGACUUGUCAAACUCAGAAUAAAACUUAAAUUUCAGUUAACCUUGUAUUUUUUAUGAAAGUACAACAUUUAUUGUAUCAUAUUGAUAUUUUGAAACUUUAAAACUGUAAAUAUAAUGCUGUCCCCAAGCAUUAUAUGGUAUAGCAUGAGAUUGUUCAUAAAAUUGCUGGCUUCUUGUGAUAAAACUGAAACCUAA